CUAGCGACCGAACUCUUCAAAACGAGGAUCCUUGAGGAAUCUCUGUCCGCCAUUUUAGAUUAUCCGUGUUGAACAAACUUACCCCGAAAUAGUUUACGGAUCCUGGCCCAUCAAUACAAAUGUCGUACCAGCAAACGCAGCCACAAAUACCAGGGCUUCCUCAAAUGAAUAUUCCGCCAUUGGGGCUGAAUCUACCGCCUGGAAUGCCGGCUGUUAGUGGCCUACCCCCGGGCCUUCCUCCACCACCCGUUCCCCCAUCGUUCACCGGUCUUCCAGGCUUUGCACCUCCUCCGCCGAUGCCAGCUACAUUAACAGCUGCUCCAAAACCGUUAGUGAGCACGAAACCACAAGGUCUUAUGGGAAAUGCUCCUCCAGGAAUGACACCCAUCUCCCAGUUGCCACCGACCACUAGUGCAACUAUAUCAGCCAAAAGCCAGCCGUACAGGAAGACUGGUCUUUUGAAUACACCCAAAGAUGGAAAAGAGCAACAGAAUCAAACACCGAACCCUACAACCACAGUGUUUGUGGGGAACAUUACAGAGCGUGCCUCGGAUGCAAUGAUAAGACAAAUAUUAAUGAAAUGUGGAAUAGUUGUGAGCUGGAAGCGUGUUCAAGGGGCAAAUGGCAAAUUACAAGCAUUUGGUUUCUGUGAGUACUCCGACCCUGAAGCAAGUCUGAGAGCUAUUCGACUUCUACAUAACUUACAAGUUGGCGACAAAAGCCUGGUGGUCAAAGUUGAUGCCAAGACAAAGACCUUGCUUGACGAGUAUAAAGCAAAGAAAAAAGAAGAUAGAAAAGGAGAGAAGAAGCGAGAGGAUGGUGAGGCGGAUGAUGAUGAUGAUCUAGACGAUGCCACACUGAAAGAAGAUCAGAGAUGCAAGAGAACCCUAGACAGUCUUCUAGCAGACAAUGCAAAUACACUUAGCGGCAAGUUUGACCCAUCAUAUGUCAGGCCCUCUCAUAGUGGUAAAGAGGAAAACCUUGAUGGCCUGGAUAUGGACAAUGCCAAGAAAUCCCUGGUGUCCAAGGAGAUCCGUAGCUUCAGGGAUUCCUACCGAAAAGAAGAUAAAAAACGAGAAGAAGAAAAGAAAGACAGAGACAAGGACAAGGAUAGAGAGGACAGGAAGUCGUCAUCAUCACGGGAAUCCAAACGAGAGAGACGCAGUGAAGAGCGUGAGAAAAGACCUAGAUCAAGGGAGCGAGAGAGAUCACGUGACAGAGAAAGGUCUCGUGAUCGUGAGCGUGACAGGACUCGUGAGAAAAGUCCCGAGCGUGAGAAGGAUCGUGACAGGGAUUUGGACGAGGAGGAAUUGGCUGAGAAGCGUCGGCAGGAAAGGAAGCUUCGGGAACGAGAUCAGGCAUACUAUGAAAGGUUAAAGGUGUGGGAGCAGCGUGAACGUAAGAAGGCGCGAGAGUACGACAGAGAACAAGAAAAAGAGCAGGAGAUAAAGGAUGAACAGGCACGAGAGAGAAAACACCUCUUGGAAUUCCUAGAAGACUAUGAUGACAACAGAGAUGAUCCCAAAUAUUACAAGAGCAGUUCGAUGAACAGACGGCGUCGUGACCGCGAGGCCGAGAUGGAGUCAGAUGAACGGGAUCGUCAACGAGAGCUGGAGGAGAUCGAGGAAAUUCGUAAACGGCUUGUAGACAUGCCCGCUGAGGAUGACAAUGAGCCGAUGCAAGUAUCUCGAGAAAGUGAACGAGAGGAAGAAGAUUCUAGUGAUGGAUUUAAACCCAAACUACAACCGACUUUUCAGCCUGCUCCCGCUCAUAUCGAGACAGCACCAAAAGUGCGUUCUCCCAGUCCAGACCUUACUCCGGUUCAACCAGUGGCAGGUCCUCCUCCGAAAAGAUCACAUCACGACUCAGAGAAUGGGAUGGACUCUGAGUCAGAACCACCUGCCAAGAAGACCUUUGGCUUCGAAAUGAAAUUAUCUUCGAACCUGCCUGUGGCAGGCGAUCGUAAAAAGCUGGAAGCAGUAUUUGGUGAGGGUGAUGAGGAAGCAAGCCAGGAACCAUCUGGCCGCCGCAAGCUGGUCCCCCUCGACUACGAAGAGGAAUCCGGUAACGCAGAAUCACAGAGCGCAGAGGAUAAGAAACGCUCUAUAAAAUCUCUCAUUGAACGCAUUCCCACCGCUAAGGACGAGCUAUUUGCAUAUAACCUCGAGUGGAGCAUCGUCGAUCAGACAUUAGUAGAACGAAGGAUACGGCCCUGGAUCAACAAGAAGAUUGUAGAAUACAUCGGUGAGGAGGAGCCCACGCUAACAGAAUUUAUAUGUUCAAAGGUUUUAUCGGGAAGCCCUCCAAAAAGUAUAUUAGAUGACGUAUCCAUGGUGCUGGAUGAGGAAGCUGAAGUGUUUGUUGUGAAGAUGUGGAGACUGCUGAUCUACGAGACAGAGGCCAAAAAGAUUGGGUUGGUCAAGUAGAUGAUAGCUAUACACACACAUGCACUCACUCCAUCAUAAUGGGCUGGUCCCACGCAUGGGACCCCAAACUACCACUGGGACAUCGGACAGCUAGACACUGGACAUAUUACCAGACAGUUGGACAAUACCGCAUACAGUCAGAAGCAAGACAUGAUACCAGUCAGACUUGAUAGAACACUGCCGGACAGCCAUUAGAACACACCAACAGACAGCCAGACACAGGACACAUUACCGGACAGCUAGACACAAUAGAACUCACUGUCGGACAGGAAGAAUAGAACACACCUUUGGACAGCUAGACAAAAUGCCUUUCUGCUGUGCAUUCAAUACAAAGGACAUAUAGAACACAAUAUUUAACUGUCUAAAGGUAAAACACACAACCCAGUGCUGGAAAGAAAAGACAGGUUGAACAUACCUUGACAGAGUGUGGCACUUUGUUAGACAGUCAGCUACAGUAGAAUGAUAGACAGCUGCACAGUCACCGCAAGUACCACAUCGUGCUAGCCACAAUAGACAAGUCUUAUGUAUGCUGUAAAUAAUAGGCUUCGUGGCAACGGAACCUGUGAAAAACAUGAUACAGGAACUGAUUGUCCUUAAUAUGCUUUCGCUCCAAGAGCUUUCCGCCCUGGUACCAAUACAAGACUGGGUAACAUUUCCCUUUUUUUAUAUCCAAUUGAGUGGAUAUGAUGCGAAGCAUAUACCUGAUCCGACAUUAAUUGGCGCUAUAUCUUAUUGGUAUUUUUCAGAAUAUGAAAUCGUAGUUUUGAGAUAGUCUAGUCUAUUUUAAUGUGAUGUAUUAAGUCAUCCUUGCUUGGUUUAUUUCUCAUGCUUUGUAAAUUUUACUGUAUGAAAUUUAUUCAAUAAAACAUCAUUUUACAUAG